CUCGAGGUAACUUGACGCUAAGAAGCUAAUGAAGCUCGUGCUCCACAGCUGGCUAUGGCGGAUGCUGUUGAGAAUGACAGCAUGAAGAAUUAUCACAUAGCGUCAGAGAAAAUGAACCCGGAUUCCAGCCGCUUUCCCUACUGCAUAGUGUGGACACCCAUCCCGGUUUUAUCAUGGCUGUUCCCCUUCAUUGGUCACAUGGGAAUCUGCACCUCGACUGGAGUCAUCAGGGACUUUGCUGGACCCUACUUUGUUUCGGAAGACAACAUGGCUUUUGGGAGACCAACAAAGUACUGGAUGCUCGACGUUAGCAAAGUCUACGCCAGUGGCUCCAACGCUUGGGAUACAGCUGUGCGCGAUGCCUCGGAGGAGUACAAGAACAGGAUGCACAACCUUUGCUGUGACAACUGUCACUCCCAUGUUGCCAUGGCUCUGAACCUGAUGCGGUAUGAGAACAGCACCUCGUGGAACAUGGUCAACCUCUGCCUCCUCUCCUUUAUCCGGGGGAAAUAUGUCAGUUGUGUGGGCUUCCUGAAGACCUGGCUGCCUUUCUUGAUGCUCGUGGGCGUCGUCCUGACAGUGGCUCUCGCCAUCAACCUCCGAUGACCGGGCCAGGAGAACAACACCUCGUAGCAUCCAUCCCCCGCUCCUUCCUGUGACGCCACAGGAUGUGAGCCACCUGGGGAAUGUAGAGACUGCUGACCUGUGUGAGAUGAAUUUCCACACAGGAAUGUUUUUUUAAUCACUGGAAAUGACUUCAGUGCAGAAACUGUAUUACCUCAAUGAUUGAUCCUCAUUGGUAAACAUCAGCUGGAAUAUAACUGCUCCACAUUAAUAGGGGGUUCUCCACUCAUGCCUUGCUUUUAGAUGGAAGGAUAUGUCAUCAGCUGCCUUAUAAUGAGUUUCUAGCCUUUCAUAUUGAUCUAAUGUAGCCCUUCCUCAGCAUCAGGAGUGAUUUCUUUAUUUUUCUAUCUCUACUCGGUUUCCUCUCUGGGUUUACUGAACAUUCUGCAUCUUCUGACCUCCUUUCUAACCUCAUGGUGCCGUUAGCUCAUCGCUGAAAUGAUUGAAGUAUCGUCAGUGAAGGUGGCGGUGGUGGAUCCUUCCAACAGGCUGAUCCAAACCAGAUCGGAUUUUUUCAUUUUUUGUUCAUUAGUGAUUUACUCAAACUUUUAUCGGUGCCUCUGAUCACGGCCUCUCUGUCCGCUUGCAGUGAUGCCUUUUUGAAAACGUUGAGUCCUUCUGAUGGUUUGCACUCCAAACCCGUUGCCAUGGCUGUGUGUGUGUUGGGGGGGGAUGCUGAGCUCCUGUCAGUGUUUGCCAACGGAGACAAAAGGAGCAUCAAGCCUCCUCUUUGUGCACGGUGCUUCCAGGAGCAGCAGGUAGCCAGGAUCCUCAGGGUUUUUUUUAAAUCGGUUCUGCACAGCGGCGGCGCUCCUGCUGCUGCGUUCCACCACUGUAGCUUAGAUUUUAAAAUCUAUGUAACAUUUCCUUUCUUUUUAUUAAGUUUAAGUUGAAUCCAACUGUGCUGAGAUGGUUAACUCUAAGCGAAACAUUCUUUUUGCUUUGGUAGAUGUUGACCAUCCAUUUGAGGAGGCAUCAGGUUCUCUUUGUAUUUACACUAAAAUUGUAUUUUUUAUUCCACGUUUGCAUUUAAUAUCUGCUGAGUUUUGCCUAAAGCUGAUCGUUGCUAUUUGCAGAGAGCUUGUACUCGCAUGGCUUCGUGUGUGUUGCAUGCAUGCAUGCAGGAAAAGGAUGGAAAUGGAGAGUUCUUUAUCUUUUGCUUUUGGCUUCGGAUUGAUCUCUAUGCGGUGCCUUGUUUCCAAAAAAAAAAAAAAAAUGUUCAUACCUCUAGACCUCUUCACCUUCCAACUGAGAACUUAAGCUUUUCUUAUCGGGUUUCAACGCGAGAGAAAACAAGUCUUUGCUUUCAUGUAAAAUCCUGCCACGGUGAGACACGGUGGUGGCAGCAUUGGGCUGUGGGGAGGCGUCUCCCUACUUUGCUGCAUUAUAUGACAUCUUAUUAUAUAAUACUCUUGAUAUUUUUGAUUGUAAAGUGAAAAAAUUUAAAAAGUUAAAGGUU